UCGGCCCUAAGAGGACUACAGAAGUGAAUGCUGGCUACUUUGUGAUCUGUGACGUAAACGACUUCUGAAGCCAGUACUAGUAGUACAUUUUUGCUUGAUGUAAUUUGUGGAAAUUCAAAUGUCUUUAUUUUGUAGGGUGUAUCCGGAAGUCUAAAAUUCCUCAAGAUUUUAACUACCUAUGAGUCUCCUUAAUGGAUAUCCAGAUGGAAGAUCAUCUUCUACCAAUUUCCAAUGACUUGAACCAGAAAGAAGCCACAAAAGGAACGUAUCAAUUUUCUUCUGUUGGCAAUGUUCAGAUUGAGGAUUAUUCAAAGAAGAGGCAAGGAAAACAAAAAGCAAAGGAUGUUGAAACUGAUGCAGUGAAAAAGAGAAAGAGAACUGAAAGAAUGCAGAAUAGAGCAAUGAUAAAGACUGAGCAAGCUGAAAAGAAAGCUGUGGAGAUGGCACACCAUUCCAAAAAGCCUGGGGAGUGUUUGAAGUAUAUACAAGUGUGUCUAGAUAAACAGUUGCUGACCACAGAACAUGGAGGAGAGAUAUUAACAUCAUUACAGUCAGCACAUAUGCAGUACAACAUACAAUCUAACCUGGUGCCAUUCUCUGUCUUCUGGACCAGAGAGGUUCAAGAAUAUUGUGUAGGAGAUGACAUGAAGGUGCAAGUACAGAGGAGAAAGGAGAAGGAGGAGAACGAAAUGUUGAUAAUUUGGCACUGGGGCGAAGUGAUAAGGCUGAUUCAUGCUGAAGAUCUUACAAACCACAUACAAUCCUUGCAACUUACUCAGCCUGGCAAAAGGGUCACACUAGUGAUAUAUGGUGCAGAGGAAUAUUUCAGGCACCAGAAGACUUUCAAGAGACAAGCACAAAUUCAAGGAAAAGUACGAAAAGUGAAGACCAGUAAGAAGGAAGCAAAUUUUGUAAGCAUUCCAAUAGUGUCUGAAGAUGAAUGGGAGAGUGCAUUGGUACAUCUUCAACUGUUUGCUGACUGUUCACACAGACUAGUUGAAACACCUCAGGAUCUUGGGACUCUCAUCAGGCAGUUCUCCAAGGCUGUGGCAGAAGCUCCUUUCAAGCGUGAGAAACAUAAACAAGAACAAGAAGAGCUGGAGUGGUAUGCAGCUGGAGAAUCUCGUGACUGUGUUCGAGUAGAUAAGAAUGGAAAUGGCCUCCCUAGACUGUGGCAGCAGCAGUUGUGUCAGUUUGAUAGGGUUGGCAUGGACACAGCACAGGCAAUCACAUCAAUUUACAGAUCACCUUGUGCUCUAAUAGAGGCAUAUGAGAAAUGUUCAAGUGAGCACGAAGGAGAACACAUGUUGGAAGAUAUCUUGAUACGGCCUGAAGUGGGACCAUUAACCACAUCAAAGAAGGUUGGACCAGACAUAAGUAAGAAAAUGUAUAAAUUCUUCACUGCAACUGAUGGGAAUACAAUAUUGUCUUAGGAUUGACACACAAACUACUUACCUGACAUUUUAAAAGUGAAUGUUUCUAUGAAGCAUACAUGGCAAAUACUGUUACAAUCCUGAUUCUGUAUGUAUACUGUUAUACUUAUAUGCCGUUAUUAACUCUAGAUUUUCAAUUCAUAUGUUCUCUUAUAAAUGUCAUAAAACAGGAUGGGUGAGGAUCUUUAAUAUAAAAUCCUGUCAAAUUCAGUCUAGUUGUUCUUGAACUAUGAGAUGACAGCAUAACAAUUCCUUUCAUUUAAUUAUCUUGAAAUGUACUAGGCUUAAGGAAAUAGUGUGUUAGGAAUAAAAUGUGUUUCAUUUCUUGGC